AUGUCUCAGACCAACUCCCCCAUCUCCGCUACCACUCAGGCCUCCGCCGCCGCCGACGAAGUCUCCAUCGGCCAUCACAACCAGCAGGCCUCCCCCGCCACCGCCUCGCAGGGCCAGGCCGAGCAGGAGGAGCCUCUCUCUGCCCCCGACCUCGGCGUCCAGGGGAACGCAGUGGUCAAGACGGUCCGCAUCGCCGCCAAGGGCUUGUCCGCCGGCGGCGGCCCCUUCGCCGACGCCGAGCACUUCUGGGCCCAGCUCGAGGACGAGGUCUCGGCCAUCUACCCCCGCUUCUGCAUGUACCCCAACCUCGAGACCGUCCACGUCACCCUCGCCGGCGUCGACGAGGCCUUCCUCCCCGCCGGCGCGCCCAACACCUUCGCCGCCGUCUACCGCACCGACACCGACACGGUCUGCAUCGCCGCCGUCGAGGACCGCGACAAUCCCGACCCCGCCGCCGCCGCUGCCGCCGCCGCGGACAACAACGGCGGAAAGCGGGACCUGGUCGUCCGCAUCGACAUCGACCCCGCCGUCGUCGUCGACGACAAGCUCGACUGGAUGCCCGUCCUCCCCAAGGAGGCCGUCGAGUGCGAGGACGCCUACUCCGCCAGCCCCGAGUUCCACCACCGCCUCGUCUGGGAGAUGGCCCAGACGACCGUCGAGGAGACCCUCUGGAAGUCCUCCGCCCGCCGCCCGCCCGUCGUGGUCGGCAACCUCAAGCUCAUGACGGGUCCCGCCGACGACUGA